AUGGAAUAUCUAACUCGGAGGCUCCAAUUGGCUACUCGUGACUCAUCUUUUAGACACCACCCGAUGUGUAAAAGCUUGAAUUUACUUAAUCUAUGUUUUGCAGAUGAUUUACUCUUGUUCUGCAAAGGCACUAUGGCUUCGGUUCAAGUGUUGAAGAAAGCUCUUGAGGAGUUCAGUUCUGUUUCUGGGCUGGCAAUAAAUACCAGCAAGUCUCAUGUGUAUUUUGGAGGGGUUCCAGUCGAGGACAGGAAGAGGCUGGCUACUGAGUUGCAGCUGACCGAAGGCUCUUUUCCACUUAAAUACCUUGGGGCUCCUAUGAGGCUAACAAAAUGGAAGCAUGAAGAUUGUGACAUCGUUAUUCAAAAGUUUAGAAGCAUUAUUAAGGAGAUUGAGAAAUUAUGUCGAAGCUUUCUUUGGGGAGUUAAUGGGAACAGAAGUAAAAUUCAUUUAGCUUCUUGGAAUAAGAUUCCACAAGACACAAGCUGGUAUUGGAGAAAGCUCUGUAAACUCAGAGAUAUCUACAGCUAUGGAGAGAUUAAGGCUGCUGGUCAUGCUGGGAAGUUUCACUCUUCUCAGCUGUAUAACAACUCCCUUUGCCAGCAGCAAGUUGGCUAUCACAAAGUUGUCUGGUGCAGGCUGUCAUUGCCUAAACAUCGGUUUGUGUUGUGGCAAACUGUUAAUGCUUAUCUUUUAACUUGUGAUAACUUGGUCCGGUUCAAAGUGAUGCUUGAUUCUCAGCUGUGUCCAGUUUGUGGGGUGGUUAAUGAGUCCCUUGGCCACUUGUUUUUUGAUUGCUAUCUGUCUAGGCAAGUUCUCAUAUUAAUUUUUAGCUGGCUGGGGUUUCAAGCUUGGCCAAUUGACUUUCCUAGUUGGCUGGUUUGGCUAGCUAACAGGCGGUCUGGUGUGAUAGCAGACAUCAUAUUCUCGGUGCUAGCAGCUGUGGUGUAUGGAAUUUGGAGGAACCGAAAUCAGUGUGUUUUUUACAGUUGUUCUUGGACAGCAAACAGCAUAGCUACUGAUAUAAAAGGCAGGAUGAAGUAUAGGUUUUUCAUUGUAAAUAAUAGGAAACUCUCAGCCCUUGAGCAGAGGUUUUUAGAUAGAUUAACCAUGUAA